AUGAAUAGAUCAAGGUUAAGAUAUAAAAAUUUAAGUACAAGAGCAUCACCAAGUCCAGGAAGAAGCCCAAGCCCAGUCUUAUUUGGCACUGAGGCAAUUUCUAAGUCAGUUUAUCUUCCUAGUAUUGCAGCCUCAGUUGGUCAUUCUAGAGAUACUGAGCCAGUACAUAAAAGUUUUCAUAAAAUACCAUCACAAAAACAUUAUUCACCCCUUCGCUCAUCAGGCAACAAAGAAUAUAAGUUCAAACUUAAUAAGAUCCGGAUGCUUGCGAGAAAAAGUCCUAUGUCUAUAAAGCGAAAAUUAAUGCCUAACGUGAUUCAAGGCUUUUUUGAAGCAAUAAAACGGAAAAAUUUAAAAAAAGAUGAGAGCUUGAAGGAUUUCAGAGAAAUUUCUACACCGUUUGUGACUAAUUUCGAAGAGAAAAUACAGAAGGAAACGCUUGAGAGAAAAAAUACAGCUGAGGCAAGCACUGUAACAGUAGAGAGAGAUGUUUAUUCUCCAGGAAGAAUUUCUGUAUUGAUAAAGCAUCAUAAACAUGAUUUGGCUACUGCAAAUAGGAAAACCUUUUAUGUCCGUAAAGCAUCGUUAAAUGGAGUAGUCUUGCCAUGAAGCCCGCAUAACAACCCGCUUCCUGUGUAA